AAUAUGACAACACAAAAUGUACUCCAUUCGCAUAAAGAGAUUAUGAGUUUUUAAUGGAAAAGAAUCCCUUCAAUUAUCGUUUUGUAAUCAUUCAUGCAAUGUUAUGUUUGAAUCUGCUAGGGUACGUAAUUUAAACUUUUCUCUUCUUUUCAAAGAAAUGUGUCGGGAUUAAUUGUGCCCACACAAACUGCACAAGCUAGAUUGAUUAAAAGUUGAAUGGAUUUUUGAUUUUUACAUUUCAACCCGACAUGUUUUAACCAAUUUGACAGAAAAUAUUAGUGUUUGUGCCUUUAGUUAUGCAAUUGAACUUAAUUAUAGUAAAUAUAACGAAUAUAUGUAAAAUUGGGAUAAGAUUACACACUCUAGCGUUUAAACAUGCUAUUACAGCGAAUCGCAAAAAUCUCAAAAAAAACACGUAUCUCGAAUCACGGUGUCCUUUUGUUUAAAAUUGAUAGUUUUAGUAUCAGCACCGACUGAGAGUUUCAACUUCCUUCUUUGCUUUUGAUGUAUUUCUCUUUUUUGGAGAUUUUUUGAAGGAAAACAAAUUAAGAAAAGCUUUUCAAAUUAUCAAAUUAAUUUAGAGGGUUCAUUAUCAACCAAUUCAUCUAUUAUUUGCUCUAGAAUUGUGCAGUGAAAACACUGAACAUUCAAGUUUCAUAAUCCGUGUAAAAAUGGGAUUCGGAACAUCUUUGCAUAUUUUGGACAUGGCAUAUAGACAUGGCAGGAGGCGUACAAGGUUAAUGUGUAGAUGCGCAGCUGGCAUAAGCCAUUAAAAACUGUCACAUGGGGUCUUGGGUUAGACCAAAUUAAACAGAGAAUUUUGGAAUGGUCUGUUUUACGUUACCGUCGAUAAGAAUUGGUAAUUAAAUCAUGCGUCGCGUAGGUCGUGCGAAGGAGGUCUAAAAUGGAAAACUAGAAUAACCGACUCAAGUGCGUUCAACACCAGGGAAUGGAAUGCAUGUGCACCACAAUGAGCUGCUUUCAAUAGCAUCAGCAUUCAAUUACUUGGAUGCAAUAAAACUAAAAGGUUUAGGAUAGGGCACCAAAACAAACCCCUAGCCAUGUGUUUAUUUAGGAUGAAAAUAGAAGAAAUCAGGAAAAGCCCAACGCGAUCCAGGAAAAAAGCCUAACGUCGAUCCCGCUGUAACCAGAAGGUCAUCAGAAACUUGCGCAAGAAGUUUCAGGAGUAAACCGUACUUCGCGCGGUAAACUCCAGUGGUUCGAAGUGGGUCUUUUGAGCACUCCGAACAUUUACAUGGUGGCUCCAGAGAGGAGUUUGCAAUAACUUGCGCGAAAUUGCAUUCUCUGUGAUCGAAUCGCGAAAAAGUACGGUGUGCUGUCGCCAAAAGAAUAGCAAUAUAGUUCUGUGUAUCAAGUGACUCGUGAAGACGGUUAAAAAGUGAUUAAGCGUCGCAACAAUCUAACUAAGUACAAGAGCAGAACUUUCAGUAAGGCGGUUACAAGUGACGUUAAAAUUGAUGGUGAAAAAUUGAUAAGAAGUUUCCAGUUAUUUCCAGUUAUAAAAGAGGGUAAGUAAAACCAUUCUUAUUUAUAAGCACGGCAAGGAAAUCAUUGAUUCGUCCAAAAUGCCUUACAAAUUCACAACAAAUACAAACGGCAGGUGCUUUGUUAUGAGGUUGAUACCUCUGAAGAAACAAUGAUCACAUGUUCGGUAUUUAACCGAUGGUUUCACCUGAAAUGUGUCAAAUUGAUACAGAAACCAUUGCCAGAGGAAUGCUGGCUAUGUGGCAAGUGCCAACAGAUUAAGUACGAGCUUAAUCGACAAAAGGGUGAGAUCAAGGCUUUCGCAGAAAGCGAAGUAAAUAAUAAGGAAGGAAGUUUAGGCAAGAAACAAAGCUUCGAAGAAAUUGUGUCACAAUUAAUAGUUAGCCAACAACAGCAAACGAAGGAGUUCGUUAAACUGAUGGCAACUAACGGUGGUGAAUCCACCCAGAUAGGGAUCCUGAUCAAGAGACAGUCCUUGAUGCAAUUACCCAAAUCCGAUGGCAACCCUAAGCAAUGGCCCAACUUCAAGAAAACGUUUGACGACACGUUCAAAGAAGGACAAUUCUCUAACCUAGAAAACUUGAAUCGUCUCAAACAAGUUUUACAAGGAACAGCUUAUAAAAGUGUUCAACAAUUGAUGAUGGAGGCCGAAAAUGUUCCCGAGAUAAUAAAACGUUUAAAUGAGACUUUCGGUAGACCAGAUUUAGUAUACCUGCAGUUGCUAAACGAUCUUCAAAAAAUACGAAAGGAAUCCAGAAACGUGGUCUCGGAAAUGACGAGUGCUUUGGAGAACCUCGUCAAAAUUGUACACCUGAUGGAAAGACCGACAUACCUAAAGGAUCAUAGAUUAGUUAUGGAUUUAACGGUUAAGUUAUCGCAUCAUAUUCAAGUGAAAAGAGCGGAACAUAUGGCGGCUGCAUCGUCAUCACUAGACGUGCAGAAUUUAGAAGAAUUAUGUCGGUGGGUCAAACCCUACGCUAAGACGGCGGAAAUGAUGAACACGAUCACGGUUCAUAACCAAAACGGGCAUGUUAAUUUACAUGAUCAGGGUACUUCGCAGAAACAAGCCUCAAUGCAAAGAGGAAAAGUUGCCAAACAGGCUAAAAAAAUAACUAGAAGUUGUCUGAUAUGUAGCAAGCCGCAUAAGACGGUUAAAUGCUUCGCACUGGUAAAGCGAAUUCCAUCACAGCGAGAGAAAAUAGCAAAUAAAAAUCAAUUGUGUUUUGGAUGUUUGACGUCAAACAAACACACAAUCAAGGAUUGUAGAUUCGCUAAGGCAUGUGGAAUCGCCGGGUGCAAGGAUAAGCAUCACAAGAUGCUCCAUGUAAAACAAGUUGUUCCAAUCCAACCGGAGCAGAUAAAUAACCACCACGAGGUGGAAGAAACUUGUGAAACUUACUAUCAAAUAUUACCGGUAAGAUUGAUUAAUGAAAAUAAAUCCAUUAAUACUUAUGCAUUUUUGGACCCUGGAUCAUCAUUGACAAUGAUAGAUGCGAAUGUCGCUCGACAAUUGAAUUUAACCGGGCCAAACACACCGCUUAGGCUCACAUGGGCACAAGGCAUAGAAACGGUUCAUGAAACUAGCCAACAAGUAAAAUUGGUCAUCAAAGGUGCAACGAAAAGAGGAUUUCGUUUAAAGGACGUAAGAACAAUUAGAGAAUUGAAAUUGCCAGUAAAAUCGCUAUGUUACGAUGAGAUGAGUGAGAAAUAUCAAAUAUCAUAUAUUGCUAAAUUGCUCAAAAAUGAGGAAAAUUUUACAUUUUCUCAAACAGGGUAAGGAACUUGGUUCCUCGCAUAACUUCCGGCACGGACACCUGAGAGCAUGGUUGUCCAAGAAGAAAAUGUAGCCAUUGGUGCCAUCUAUCGACCACAGGUUAAAGAUUGGCAUUCCGUUGGAUACCGACCGAGUUAUAGGCAAAACUUGGUGCAAAAAUGAGCCUUAGUAAACUUUCAUUUUUUUGAAUUUUUUGAUUUUUUCAUUAUUUUUCACUCUUUUUUUAUUUAAAACAUUACUUGAGUGAAAAGAAACACAUUGCAACCAAUUGGCAUUAAAAUAAAUCAAUUUAAUUUUUUUUGCAAAAUUUCCCAAAAAAAACGUAAGGGGUAAGCCUUAUGAAAUUUUCGAGUUGAAAAUUUUUUAAAUUUUUUUUUCUGAUUUUUUAUUCUUUUUUUAAUUUAAAGCACUAUUUGAGUGAAAAGAAACACAUUACAACAAAUUCGCAUUCAAAUAUAUCACAUUUAAAAAUUUUGCUACAUUGCUAAAAAAUGAGGAAAAUUUUACAUUUUCUUAAACAGGGUAAGGAACUUGAUUCCUCGAAUAACUUCCGACACAGACAUCUGAGGGCAUGGCCGUCCAAGAAGAAAAUGUAGCCAUAGGUGCCAUCUAUCGACCACAGGUUAAAGAUUGGCGAUCCGUUGGAUACCGACCGAGUUAUAGGCAAAACUUGGUGCAAAAAUGAGGAAAAUUUUACAUUUUCUCAAACAGGGUAAGGAACUUGGUUCCUCGAAUAACUUCCGGCACGGACACCUGAGAGCAUGGUUGUCCAAGAAGAAAAUGUAGCCAUUGGUGUCAUCUAUCGACCACAGGUUAAAGAUUGGCGAUCCGUUGGAUACCGACCGAGUUAUAGGCAAAACUUGGUGCAAAAAUGAGGAAAAUUUUACAUUUUCUCAAACAGGGUAAGGAACUUGAUUCCUCGAAUAACUUCCGACACAGACAUCUGAGGGCAUGCCCGUCCAAGAAGAAAAUGUAGCCAUAGGUGCCAUCUAUCGACCACAGGUUAAAGAUUGGCGAUCCGUUGGAUACCGACCGAGAUAUAGGCAAAACUUGGUGCAAAAAUGAGCCUUAGUAAAUUUUCAUUUUUUUGAAUUUUUUGAUUUUUUAAUUAUUUUUCACUCUUUUUUUAUUUAAAACAUUACUUGAGUGAAAAGAAACACAUUGCAACCAAUUGGCAUUAAAAUAAAUCAAUUUAAUUUUUUUUGCAAAAUUUCCCAAAAAAAACGUAAGGGGUAAGCCUUAUGAAAUUUUCGAGUUGAAAAUUUUUUAAAAUUUUUUUUCUGAUUUUUUAUUCUUUUUUUAAUUUAAAGCAUUAUUUGAGUGAAAAGAAACACAUUGCAACAAAUUCGCAUUCAAAUAUAUCACAUUUAAAAAUUUUGCUACAUUGCUCAAAAAUGAGGAAAAUUUUACAUUUUCUCAAACAGGGUAAGGAACUUGAUUCCUCGAAUAACUUCCGACACAGACAUCUGAGGGCAUGGCCGUCCAAGAAGAAAAUGUAGCCAUUGGUGCCAUCUAUCGACCACAGGUUAAAGAUUGGCGAUCCGUUGGAUACCGACUGAGUUAUAGGCAAAACUUGGUGCAAAAAUGAGGAAAAUUUUACAUUUUCUCAAACAGGGUAAGGAACUUGGUUCCUCGAAUAACUUCCGACACAGACAUCUGAGGGCAUGGCCGUCCAAGAAGAAAAUGUAGCCAUUGGUGCCAUCUAUCGACCACAGGUUAAAGAUUGGCGAUCCAUUGGAUACCGACCGAGUUAUAGGCAAAACUUGGUGCAAAAAUGAGGAAAAUUUUACAUUUUCUCAAACAGGGUAAGGAACUUGGUUCCUCGAAUAACUUCCGACACAGACAUCUGAGGGCAUGGCCGUCCAAGAAGAAAAUGUAGCCAUUGGUGCCAUCUAUCGACCACAGGUUAAAGAUUGGCGAUCCGUUGGAUACCGACCGAGUUAUAGGCAAAACUUGGUGCAAAAAUGAACCUUAUGCAAUUUUCAAAUUUUUAGAAUUGUUUUAUUUUUUAUAAUUUUUUAUUCUUUUUUUUAUUUUUAAGCAUUAUUUAAGUUUAAUAACAUUUAUUUCAACAAAGUCGCAUCAAUCUUGAGUGAGUAAAAUGACCGAACCUUAACUUAUACGCUUAUGCCGUUUUUGUAUGAUUCCGAAAUGAGUCGUUAAACGAGCUGUUUCGUAAUAACGACUCAUUCACUCUGAGUUGACUCACUAAAAAGAGUUGUUAUUCUCAUCUCUAAAUCAAACCACUAGAGGGCAAACGUUAGUUAUCGGAAGUGUCAAGGACUCAGCGUGCAUCGGAGGUCUCUACACAACGUCAUCUGGUAGAUGGGAAAACGCAUUGGUGUAUUAUGAGUACGAAAUCAGCAUGUUCGACUAUACAGCAAUGGUAGACAUCGAAGAAGACCAAAUAACACUGCGAAAUGGCGUUGUAUGUCCGUAUAGUAUUGGUUGGUGUUUGGAUUCCGAGUACGGUUACCUCACCUGGGAGGUAGAUCAUCAAAAACUGUGCGAGAGAACUGAGUUCGAAAUCAUCUACGAGGGUACGGUCAACAAGACGUUCGGCAACGACGGAACCGCUAAUACGAAUGCUGUGUAUACCUUGCUAACAAACGAGCGAAUGUUCUCCAUAAGGGCUCGCGAUGUGAAGCAAAUCUGCGGGUUUGACAGCUAUAAAACAGACCAUCCGAGGAUAUUCAUACUUGAGUUAAACGGUUAUCAAUCGCCGUUUCAACGCAACGCGGUAAAUGGGAGAAAACUUGGAUCUCGGGGUCGAUUUUGAUUAAACGACCAGGGCACACGGCGGUAGUUGCAGCAGAAAUAUUGUACAUCCUUGAAUGCAAACCGGUGUUUGUCACCUACGACAAAAGGGACGAAUGCUAUCAGGAAAUUCCGGUAAAAUACAACAAUCGUUCGAUGUUCAUAGCGCCAGUAACUAGAAUGUUACAAUUGAAACGCACCCAAAUAGUCUGUUCACCAAUUCUACCCGCAAAAUUCAACAUCGGAGGAAGAUGGUAUACAACAGAUGAAAGACUACGAGAGGCAACGGCACCACAGGAGUUAACGACAGACAUCGUAACAAGCUGGUCCUAUACUCCAUUACCAAGUCUGAUGAAAAGUGGUGUAUAUGACUAUGAAAGUCUACGACAGAUGAAGGACAUGGUGUAUGAACAAAGCAAUAAGAGAGUCGCAUCUUCGGUCAUACACAAAAUGAUAUCUGGUCAGCAUCCAAAUCUUCAAGGCUUCACAUUUGAUACUCUAAUCUCCGGGAAUAUCAUCCACGGCGCGUUCGAUAAAUACUGGUCUAAGUUCGUAUCAUGGUCAACAUGGCUGGGCAACGUCACGUCCACAGCAAUUGGCAUCUACAUCUUUACUCGAGUUCUUAAAUUCAUCGUUGACACCGUAAUUCAUGGUAAAAUACUGUACGACAUCUAUGGCAUCGGCUGGCAACUCUUAGCGUCGUUUUGGGAUUCAUUGACGAAUCUG